AUGAAGUUCUCUACGUGCUCUAUCAUCUCUAUCUUGUUCCUCCUCCCUUUGCAGUCAGUGCACGGUCACGGUCUCAUCACCGCCGUCACUGGUGCGAACGGCGUGACGGGUGUCGGGUUCGGCGUCGACGCAGCUACCCCCCGAGAUGGCUCGACCCCAAAACCGUUCGAGCAAGACACCAGUAUCAUCAGAGAUGUCGAAAUCAAAACCGGAAAAACCGGUCCUUGCGGUCGCACUAAGCUUUCGGGCAACAACGACGUCGCGACGCAGCUGGAAGCCGCUUCAACUGCAGGUUUGCCCUCUGCUGCAGCGGAUGGUACGGUCACAAUGACCCUCCACCAAGUGAACCAAGACGGCGCAGGGCCAUACACCUGUGCCGUUAGUGCUGACGGCACUGGAGCGGACUUCGUCGCGAUGGAUGUCACGCAGAACGUCCCGGGCGUUCUGUCGCUCAGCAAGGCGAAGGCCACUAACUUCACCCUCAUCGCCGCGAUGCCCGCCGGUACGACGUGCACUGGUGGUCCUAACGGAGAUGCUUGCCUGGUCCGUUGCCGUAACGGUGCUGUUGCGGGACCUUUCGGAGGCUGCGCUGCGGUCACGAACCCUGGAACCGCGGCUAGCAACGCUACAGCUUCAGUUACGGAGGCUGCCUCUGCCGCUGACACCGCGGCGGCCCUCUCGACUACCGACGCUGCUGCAAGCUCUGCAGUUGUGACUUCCGCCGCAGCCACCUCUGCCGCUGUCGCGAGCCCUGCCUCAACAAGUGCUGUUGUUCGUCGCAACCUGAGAUCGCGGGUGGUGGGCCGCGCCUUGGCUGGUCGCUGGAUCUAA